UAUACUUACAAGAUAGCAAAAAUAAUAAAUCUUUGCUUUUUUUUCACACAAUGUCAACACCCCUGAUUUGUGGAAAUGUAAUGAUCCACCGGUCAAGGGUCAACUUAUGUAAACUGGACCAGUCUGACGGUAUAUAAAUCAGAAAGGACAGUCUAAUGCCCGUAAUAUUAUGUUUUUAUGGCGAAAAAUCGGUGUCGUAGGUUCAGGACUAUGUGGUGCGUUCGUUUUACACGAAUUGUGGGAGAGGAAAGAUGUUUUUAACGUCCAGGCGUUCAGUUUUUGGGGAGGUAGUAAGGAUGAGGGGGAGGGGCAGGAUUUGAAACUGAAACUGGUUCAGAUCGUUUUCAGACACGGCGCGAGAACUCCGAUAUCACGACUUCCACCAAGUAUAGAACAGGCUACAUGGAGUACAGACCUAGUGAAGGAUGUGCCCCACACACUGAUAGAUUAUCAUGUAGAGAGUCUGGAUGGUGGACCUCGCCCCCCCUCCCCAGUGGAGGACAGCUACCAGAAGCACGGACCUCACAAGGGUGGUGCUAGAUGGGGACAGCUGACAUCCCUUGGACAGCAACAGAUGUUUGACCUUGGACAGCAGCUCAGGAAGCACUACAUUGAGAACCACAGAUUCAUAGAUCCUGAGUACAACCCACAGCAAGUCUAUGUACGAAGCACUAACAUCAAGAGGACCAUCGAAUCAGCGCGAUGUGUGCUUGCAGGGAUGUUUGGAAACUCACAGUCAGGCAAGGAAGGUCCUAUAGUCAUCCAGACUUCUACAGCUGAGGAGGAGACUUUCUACCCCAACAGAAACAACUGCCUAGCCAUGAGACCUUUAAUCAAAACUGCAUGGGGUUUGCUGGACACUGCUCUACCAGGGUACAGGGAGGACAGGCUGAAACUACAGAGGAUACUGGGGAUAGAAGAGGCCAGGCAGUUCAACAUAUUUGGCCUGAGGGAUGAACUAACAGCACGAAAGGCACAUGGCCUACCUAUCCCAGAAAGCCUUGCAGCUCUGGAGGACGUGGUAGAACAGAGAGCGACCCAGUGCAUGGCCGCGCUGGUGUCCGGGAUCGAGGACGGACAUUCCCACGCCUUGCGCCUGUCCACGGGACCGGUCAUCGACCUUCUGACAAAGAACAUGCUGAGGGCGCAAAACACAGACAACUGCCACAAGUUGCACCUGUACUCUGGCCAUGACACCACCCUGAUCCCACUACUGAAGGCUCUGGGCAUCUUUGAUGACCGCUGGCCGCCAUAUGCUGCUCACGUCACUGUGGAGUUCUACCAAGAUGCCAAAAAGAACAGCUUUGUUAAAGUUUUGUACAUUGAAGAGGAAAAGCAAGUACAAGGCUGCAGUGCUGUCCUGUGCCCAUUUGAAGAGUUCCAGGAAGCCAUGGCAACAGUAGCUUUGUCUCAUAAGACAUUUUGGGAGAAUUGCAAAAUUGAUCAAAAGAAGCCUUCCCAGACCACUAGUAGUGUAUGAUGGAAUAUCCUGGUACCAUAUAGUUAGAGAUUUGAAGGCAUCCUAUGCAAUUUUAGGGAAGGAAAAACAAAACAAUAUUAUAUAUGGAUAAGGAAUCUAAUAUUGACAUUUAGUGUCAUUUCUCAUCAUUUCAUACUUUAAGCAUUUGAAAUAAUCCCAAAACAAGCCAUGUGAGGCAUCUCUUUAUUUU